AGGAAGUGCAGUGAACUAUAUAGAUGUUCCGGCGACGGCACGAUCAAGAAUAUUUAACAAAAACGCAGCUGAAGCGCUCCAGUAUUUUGAGAAUGGCCGGCACGGAAAUGGUGGACCAAGACGGACUCGGAGAGACCUUCGUUUUCCGCGCUUUGAGGAUAGCAGCCGUGGUGGCGCUGUACUGGUUCAUCUCCAUAACCAUGGUGUUCCUCAAUAACCAUCUCCUGGACAACCACGACCUGGACGCACCGCUGUUUGUGACCUUCUACCAGUGCCUGGUGACGGUGGGACUCUGCUGGGUCAUGCAGUUGUUGUCUGCCCUCAACCCCAAAUUGAUCGACUUCCCGUCGGUUAAAUUCGACCUGAAGACGUCCCGGGAAGUUCUGCCCCUGUCGGUGGUCUUCAUCGGCAUGAUCACCUUCAACAACCUGUGCCUGAAACAUGUCGGAGUGGCUUUCUACACGGUGGGACGAUCCCUCAGCACGGUGUUUAAUGUACUGAUGUCAUACAUUAUCCUCAGACAGACCACUUCCUUCAAAGCCAUAUCAUGCUGCGGGUUGAUUCUUGGUGGAUUUUGGCUGGGUGUGGACCAGGAGGGCCUAGCAGGCUCCCUUUCCUGGUCCGGUGUUUUCUUCGGAGUGCUCGCCAGUGCUUGCGUCUCCCUCAAUGCCAUCUACACGAAAAAGGUGAUGCCCGCGGUGGAUGGCAAUAUUUGGAAACUGUCCUACUAUAACAAUAUCAACGCUUGCAUCCUCUUCCUCCCGCUCAUCCUGGUGUUUGGAGAGCUGGGCCGUGUCGCCAAUUUCAGCCGUCUCGCUGACGCGGGUUUUUGGGGCAUGAUGACGCUCGGAGGAGUGUUUGGCUUUGCCAUUGGCUACGUCACAGGCCUCCAGAUUAAGUACACCAGUCCGCUGACACAUAACGUCUCAGGGACAGCAAAGUCCUGCGCUCAGACUGUUAUUGCGGUAGUGUACAACUCUUCGAGUAAAAGCCUUCUGUGGUGGACUAGUAACAUGUUGGUUCUUUGCGGUUCUUCAGCCUACACAUGGGUGAGAAGUCGAGAAAUGAAGAGGACUCCCACCAAGCAGCCUCAGGAUUCCACCACAGAAAAACUUCUUGGUGAAAAAGGCAGCAUAGGGAUAUAAAACACUCCUUUUACUUUUUUUUUUUUUAGGAUACAGGACUUGAAUUUUGCGGGGAUUAGAGGCUUUGACACAGUGGUUUUACAGAGAUUAUAUUUUAUAUAGCUUUGUAUUUAAUUCUAUUUGCUAGUGUUCGGGGUACACUGUCCAAUUACCUAUACAAUGAAGGACUACAAUAAUUAAUACAACAGUUCAGACCACAGGGGAAUUUGUUUUUAUAUACCAUAUUUUCUGGACUAUAUAGCGCACUGGGAUAUAAGCCGCACCCACGAAAUGUUUGAAGAAAAACAUUUGUAUCCAUUAGCCGCGUCAGACUAUAAGCCGCAGUUAUAUACUUUGUGAAUUGAGUUAUUUAAACAAAAAGAUUCUAUAAAUGUUUACCGUAUUUACUAUAAGUCGCACCGGCCGAAAAUGCAUAAUAAAGAAGGAAAAAAACAUAUAUAAGUCG